AAAUUACGGAGUUCAACCGGAAGUGAACGUGCUGCAAUGUGAGUUUAUAAAAAAAUUAGUUUUAGUUAUGAAGAAUUUAUAAACAGACCUCAUCGAUUUGACAUUAAAAACCCAGAGGAAACAUUGUAUUGUAUAUAAACAUGAAUGCUUAUAAUAUCGUCCUUUGUUGUGUUAUAUCACGAUGCUUAUGAGGACGAUAGGACGCUUUUUCUCCAGCGCUGCUGUUUACAGCUCCAUGCAGCAAAAUCUGCGAAUAAAGCGAGUUUCCAUAGAGGGAAAUAUUGCGGUGGGGAAGUCAACAUUUGCCCGACUGCUACAGAAUGCCAGACCGGACUGGGAGGUGACAUCAGAACCCAUCAGCAAAUGGCAAAACGUGCAUCACAUGUCUCAGCAGUCAAGCAGUAACCUGUUACAGAUGAUGUAUCAGGAUCCAAAGCGCUGGUCUUACACCUUCCAGACCUUCUCGUGCAUGAGUCGCCUGCGGACGCAUCUGGAACCUCCGUCUGCCAGAUUACUUCAGUCCAGAGGAACACCGGUACAGGUGUAUGAACGCUCCGUCUACAGCGACAGGUACAUCUUUGCUUUAAACAUGUUCGAGCUGCGCUGUAUAAACUCAACGGAGUGGGCCGUGUAUCAGGAUUGGCAUUCCUUUCUCGUUGAGCAGUUUGGUCAUCAGAUACAGUUGGAAGGCAUCAUAUAUCUCCGAGCAUCUCCACAGACGUGCAUGGAGAGGUUAGGGCGACGGGGCAGGACAGAGGAACAGGGCGUUCGGCUGGAUUACUUGGAGAAACUUCACACGAGACAUGAAAACUGGCUUGUCAACAAGAGUACCGAGGUUCAUUUCGAGCACCUGGAGAAGGUUCCUGUGUUGGUUCUUGAUGUCGGGGUGGAGUUUGAAAAGGAUCCUAGUGUACAGGCCAAGCUUCUGACAGAGGUCGAAACGUUUUUCAGCGGAUUAUAAAAGGAACCCUUCCAUUAAUGGACCAUUUCCUCGUGGUGGAGAGAAUGAGCAAGCCCCGAGAUCUGAACCUAACAAAUGUUUGACCCCAUCACUGAUCCAAAGAUCAAAUGUCUGAAUGUGAACGUCCAUUUACAGAAGAGCACAGAAAUACCAGCACGUUCAAUGACUGUUUACUGCAAAAAUGUGUUUUAUUUAUAGAAAUGCAUUAAUAGAUUCUGAAAAAUCGUUCUGUAACUGAUACACUAUACUGUUUUAAAACACUUGCCUGUCAAAUGAUAAUAAGUGAUCAUAAUGUAAGGUGUUUAUUUGUAUAUUUUAGUGUAUUCAUAGCACAAGAGAUUAAAGAACUGCACUGGUCAGUUAGCCACAAGUGUGUGCAAUAGUUACCCAGAGAUUAAUCACCAGACUAUCGGUGAAUGUUUACCAUGACGCAAAGUUAAUGGGGCGCAUUAUCUCUAAUCCAUAGAAUUUUGGAGAAAGACCUUUUGUCCUGGGUUUCAUCUGUACUACAGUUUUAGAUUUGCAAUGAAAUUCAGAAACCGUUGCAGUGUUACAUUCACAGGUUUUAUAUUAAAGGAUUUUUUCAGACAUUUUGGUUUCAACGGGUAGAAAUUUUAACACCAUGCCUAACCAGACUGUGUGAAACCAUUCACACACAAACUGAUGAAAACUAUACCUUAAAUGCAGUCAUAUCAAAGCCAUGAGAUUCUAAUGUGGUUAUAAACCUGCAUGCAACUCUUUCUUCAGUGAAACACCAAAGAAGAUAUUUUGAGAAAUGUCGCAGUGGUUUUGUGUUCAUACAAUGGAAGUCAAUGGAGU